CAGAAGUUUCGCUUGUAGAUGUUUUGUAACGAACUUUAACACAACGGUCUUUUAUCCCGUUAGAACAGUGAAAACCAGUGGAAAUUCAUUAUCCUUUGCCUGUUUUGCUCGUAUUUUUGUUGUGAAUUAAUGAAAAAACUUUACUACAUACUGACCAAAUAUCAUUGUUUCGAAAAUGAAGACGAUGCGACAGAAAACGCCCAUCAAGGUAUUUCCGAAGGCAACGCCUCUGUCAAGUCGUGGAAAUUCUGGCAACAAGUUGCCAAGCGAUCCCGUCCAGGUGUACUGUCGGGUUCGUCCGUUACCAUGCGAAUCCGAUCUGUCCUGUCUGCGGGUAGCCGCUCACAAUAUGGUCGUCUUAACGCCGCCUGAAAUUGCCAUCAACUACAAAAUUUCCAACUUGAAGGAAACCCAGUAUCUGUUCCGGCAUGUAUUCGAACCAGCCUCAUCCCAGCAUGAGGUUUACGGCGCGGUGGCACAGCCACUAGUGGAGGCAUUGAUCCGUGGCAAGAACGGUCUGCUGUUCACGUACGGUGUGACCGGAAGUGGGAAAACCUACACCAUGACGGGUGACAUGCAACAUCGGGGCAUCAUGCCCCGAUGUUUGGAUGCACUGUUCCGGACCAUCGCAGAUUAUCAGGCAAAAAAGUUUAUUUUCAAACCGGACCGGUUAAACGGAUUCGACAUACUUUCGGACGCUGAUGCCAUGCUUGAACGUCAGGCAGAAUUACAUUCCAAACUUAAUCGGAACAAACGGAAGGACAUCGACCCGGAGAUAGCCUCGAAGGCGUCGGUGGACCCAUCCGAGGUCAGCGGAAUCGAUGAAGAUAAUAUUUAUUCGGUGUUUAUCACCUAUGUUGAAGUGUACAAUAAUAGCGUGUACGAUUUGCUAGAAGAAACGACUAUCCAGAAAACACUGCAGAGCAAAAUGGUCCGAGAGGAUGCGAACCGAAAUAUGUUUGUCCAUGGCGUUACCGAGAUUGAGGUGAAAACAAUGGAUGAAGCCCUGGAAGUGUUUCUGUUCGGGCAGAAGCGGAAACGUGUUGGCCAUACGAUUCUGAAUGCCGAAUCGAGUCGUUCGCAUUCGGUGUUCACCAUCCGGCUGGUGCAGGCACCGGUCGAUAAUCAAGGUGAACACGUAAUGCAAGACCGAAAUGCAAUAACCGUGAGUCAACUGUCACUGGUGGACCUGGCGGGAAGUGAAAGAACGAAUCGAACGGGAAACACGGGCCAGCGGUUGAGGGAGGCUGGCAAUAUCAACAACAGUCUGAUGACCUUACGAACGUGUCUGGAGAUACUGAGGGAAAACCAAAUGACGGGUAGUUCCAAGAAAGUGCCGUACCGUGAAUCGAAAAUUACUCAUCUGUUCAAGAAUUAUUUCGACGGCGAAGGCCAGGUGCGAAUGAUUGUCUGUGUCAAUCCCAGAGCGGAGGAUUAUGACGAAACGGCUCAGGUAAUGAAAUUUGCUGAAAUGACACAGGAUGUGCAGAUUGCAAGACCGACUCCUGUGAAGGUGGAUGUCGGAUUAACCCCCGGUCGUCGUAAAGCCAAUCAAAUCUAUAAGGUAGCACUGAGUGACUUGGAGAAACGUCACCAGGAGGCGGCUGCCAAGAUGGAGAUUGAUUUGGGUUUGGUAUACAGUUUGGGACCAAAUUUCCCGGAGAUAAAAAUGCACAGCCCCGAGUCGCAUGAAUUAAUACAAGAGUUGGUCAAAGUUCUCGAGCUUCGGAUCUCCAAACGAAAAUCGUUAUGCGAUGAUUUCGAUCGGCGGCAGGAUCGGUUCCGAAUGAAUCUGCUGGAGAUGGAGCGUGAGAAUGUGGCACUGAAGGCGGAAAAUACUUCAAUCAAAGGUGUGCUCAACUACAACAAGCAGAAAACAAGAGAACUAGAGAAGAAAAUUGUUCAUUUCGAAAGUUUAAUUGACGAAUCGAACCAGCGCAAUCGAGCUUUGGAAGAACAGGUUCGAAUACUGGAACAGCAGCUCGAUCAGAAAGUGCAAAGCCUGAAUAGGCUGAAAAUUGACAGCGAACGGCAGCAAAAGAAGUACAAUUCAAAAAUGGCUGUCGAGACCAAGAUGAGCCGGGAGUUGGAAUUGAAGCUACAGGAACAGAAGAAUAAAUUGAAAGAAGAAAUGCGCGAAAAAGACGAACGACUUCGUUUGGUCUCGGAGAUUAUAAAAGGCGAAACUCCGCUAAAGAAAGUGGGUCGUUCUAACAGCGUCGAUGAAUUGGCUACACCUGUUUCCAGCCGAGGAGCAGCAGUGCGAGCCAACGGAGUUUUACAUACUCCACGAUCAGCCAGGGGAGUCGCUGUCGCAAAUCCACGCCAUCGCCGUUCUCGUUCUACUGGCGAACGCUGGCUGGAACACCGGGCUGCUAAUCCCGUUCCACUCGGAACCAUUCUGCAGCCUUACUACACAAAUCGAAAGUCGGUUACGAAACUGACCGAUGCUCGCGAUGUUACCAACGCAAAAGCAUCAAAAUAUUGUUUGAUUUCGCAGGAUGCUGACACCGAGGGGGAGGUUGAAACCAAGAUCUUCAAAGGUGACGUUAUUCCGACAACCGGCGGCGGAGCACAGGUUAUCUUCAACGACGUUGAAUGUUUAAAGCAGUAUUCUCCUUCGAAGUCCCCCAGCCGGCGCAAGCGGCCAAGCAAUCCCAUUUCAUCUGCUCCUACACUGGCCGAACUGCAAACUACUAGCUCUAAAUGCAGCACGGCCAUCGAAGGGCAUGGCGGAAGCGGUGGGAAGAAACCAAGGCACUGAGAAAUACUUAAUAGUUAUGUAAAUAUCAUUCCAAGAAAUUCAGUUUUAAUUUUUGUUUAUGAUC